AAUUGCUCUGGUUUCAGUUUCGUUUUCCUAUUAUGGUGCCAAACUGUGCAAAUGCACAAGAUAGGAUCAAGAACUAAAAAUGGACAGCAUAUCAGGAGUGAUCUCAGGAUUGUUUGAAUCAGCUACCCCUUAUAAAAACCAGAAAUACAGCCACCUGAAGAAGGAAUGUGUCAGUGCUGGCAGACUAUUUGAGGACCCUGUAUUUCCUCCUGUGGCCAGCUCUCUCUCAUACACGGGGUACGCUCCUCGAGACAUUGUUUGGAAGAGGCCAGGAGAUAUUGUGAGUGACCCAAAGUUCUUUGAUGCCGGUGCAAGUGCAGAUGACUUUGCCCAGGGGUCAUUGGGAAACUGCUGGUUUGUUGCAGCAUGUGCUUGUGUUGCUGAGGACAAAUCUCUUCUUAAAAAGAUUGUACCAGACUUUGAGGAGCAAGAAUGGUCUAAGGACAACAAGUAUGCUGGUAUAUUUCACUUCCGCUUCUGGCAGAUGGGAGAAUGGAUCGAUGUAGUCAUUGAUGACCGGCUGCCAACCAGGAAUGGGGAACUUGUUUAUGUACAGUCUCGCAGCAAAAAUGAGUUCUGGUCAGCUCUUUUGGAGAAAGCAUAUGCAAAGAUUUUUGGAGAUUAUGAGUCACUAAAGGGUGGACAGGCAAAGGAUGCAAUGGUAGACAUGACGGGGGGAGUAGCGGAGGGGUUCGAGCUGAGAGAAUACACUAAGACUGAAGAGGAUAAACUCAAGCUGUUUAAAAUCCUCCGUAAAUCCAAGGAACACCACUCCCUUAUCAGUGCUGCUAUUCCGGUGACUAGUGCUAAUGAUAUGGAGGCUCAGUUAUCAUGUGGUCUGGUCAAAGGUCAUGCCUACAGUGUCACUGCUGUGAAGAAAGUCAGACUUGGGAAAGGGUUAAUGGCUCAUUUUAACAAAGAGAAAAUACUCAUGAUUCGAUGUCGGAAUCCCUGGGGUGGUACUGAGUGGAAGGGUGCUUGGAGUGAUGGAUCUCCAGAAUGGCAGAAAGUUAGUUCCAGUGAGAAAAAAGAUAUGGGCCUCACAUUUGAUGAAGAUGGUGAUUUCUGGAUGACUUUUGAUGACUUUCUGGCAUACUUUACAUCAAUGGAUAUUUGUCACAUUGUUAACACAUCCCUGGUGUCUUUCCACAAAACAUGGAAGGAGGGGAAAGCUUUUGGAGAGUGGAAGAAAGACCGCUGUGGAGGAUGUCCUAAUUAUCAAUCAUUUCUAAAGAAUCCUCAGUUUGUAUUUGAUGUUGAGAUGGAGGAGGAUGAAGUGAUGGUGUCACUUGAGCAGUGGGACAAACGGAUUGAUAGGGAACUGGGCAAGGAAAAUGAUACCAUAGGCUUCUUUAUUAUGAAGGCAGAUGUAAACAGGAAGUAUCGAAUGCAUGAUAAAUUGGAGAAAGUGCAUUCUGGGACAUACAGCAAUGCUAGGAACCAAUUUUCUCGAUUGACACUGCAGCAUGGACGAUAUUGUGUCAUACCUUCUACAUUUGAACCCAACUGUCCGGGUAGAUUUUUGUUGAGGGUUUAUGCUGAUAAAAGCCCAGACCUCAAGGAACUGUACUUAGAUGAACCUCCACCACCAAGUUCUGGUUUUCUGGGAAUUGGAUCAAAGAAACCGAAAGUGGCAGCCACACAAAUAAUGCUCCUCAAAGCCGAGGGACUUGAGGUCCAGGACAAAGAUGGAUUUUCUGACCCCUACAUUGUGGUCUUUUGUGAGAAGAAGAAAGCCACAACUCGAGUUAUAAGAAACAACAUCAACCCAGAAUUCAAUGAACGUGUGACUUUUUACCACAGGAAGCCGGACGAAGACAUUACGAUUGAGAUUUGGAACUUAAACAUGAUGAGGGAUCGUUUCAUGGCCAUGUGUACUAUAAAGAUGUCUGACAGGUCAAAGUUUGAUGGCCACCAUGUCUUUCAGUAUGAACUUUUUGGCAAAGAUAAGGAGGCUUCCGUGAGGAAACCUGGCACAUUGUGGGUACGGAUUUUACACACCACAGACAUGUCAAGAGUGUAAUCCUCUCACAUGUUUCAAAUUAAUAUUAGUUAACAAGAUUUUUGCUUAUGCCUUUAAAUCCUGAUGAUUUCAAAACCAGGAUUUCAGUGAUCUGUGUACACCAAAGAGGCCAGCUUUACAGAGAGAGGUUUAAGAUUAUUUAUGCUAUUUUAUAACUUUUUGACAUGUACAGCUGAACUUCUAUAUCUCAAACACAUAUAUCUUGAAUACCAUGGAUAUGUCAAAGCAAUUCAGAAGUCCCAAGCACUAUUUCUUUGAGUAUUUCACCCUUGAUAUCUUAAACCCUUGGAUACCUGGAAGUUUUGGUCCCAUCACGUUUGAGAUAACGAAGUUCAACUCUUUUAUUGAUAAUCGUUCAAGCUCAGUGUUCAGCAAUAAUUUGUUGAAAUUAUAAAAUUCAAAAAAGUUGUUCAUUUACAAAUUGUCUCUGGCAAUCUUAUUUUUUUUAUGCUUUGUCAGUUAUUUAUGCAUGUAAUAUACAUGUAUUUCUACAUGAACAACAUAUUGUUCGGUCUUGUUUUUAAUUGGAAAAUGGACUUAUUUCCUUUUGAAAGGUUGUGUAGAAAAUUGUCCUUUUGAAUUGAAGUUUAUUGGCAUUUACUUUAUAUAAGUAUUUACAAACUGAACAAGGUAUAGUCAUAUCUUCUCUGCCAGAUGUAAGUUAUAUUAAUAGGAAAUGCAUAUGGAACAAAUUUGAUUUUUUUUUUUUUUACAUUAUUUUGUAUUUAUUACUAUUUAAACAUAAAUGUCUAUAUUUGUACAAAAAAAGUUUCUAUGCAUGUUAACUUGUUAUUAAUAUGCAAUUAUUUUUAUACUCAUUUAUAUGCAUAUUGUAUGUUUAAAUCCUUAAAAGGCAUAUAAUUUUGAUAUAAACACCAAUAUUUACAUUGAAGAAACUGUGUCACAGAUGUUUGUUAUAAAAAAAAACUUGCUACCAGGGGCAUUUAUGAAUGGUCUAAAAAUAAAACUAUCAAAUGUCAUUGAGAUCUUUAUAUACAAUAUUAGAUACUUUUUUCACUGAUGCAUAAACUAGCAAUUUUUACUUGCUACUAAUGCUUUUUUGUACAUUUAUAUGUAUACAUGUAAUACAUAUGCUAUAUUUAUGUAUAACAUUUUGUAUGUGUUUUUGUGCUAGAACAGUAAUGUGGCAUUUUGAAAAGUUUCCUAUUUAUAUUUAAAUCAUGGUUUCUUCUCAGUAGAGAAAGUAAUGUUUUCCCUAGUCAAUGUACCUGUAGUUUUGUACCCAGUCAUGUGCUGUAGAAAAUGGUAAAUAAAAAACUUUUUUGAUAAUUAUUAAAUAAAACUGUAUGAAAAUGACACAAAAAUAAUAAAUUAAGGUUCAUUGGUCUUCUGAGCCUUCAACUCAACUGAGCCUUCAUCUGAGUUUUUCUGACGGAAGAAUGUCCAGCGUCGGUCUUUCUGUUUGUGGUGUGUCAUCUAAAUUUUUCACAUUUUCAACUUCUUAUCCAUAAAAAUAUCCUUAGAUGAAGGGGAUUGAUAAAGAGUCACAUCCUCUUUCAAGGGGAGAUAAUUAAGAAAAAAAUUGGCGAGGUCAUUCCACUUGGUCAGAAAAGAAGAAAGUUUCCAUAUAUAUGGUAUAUUCAAAUUUGUUCAAAUAAAGCACCUGAAAGUAGGAUGAGGCCACAGUAGGGGAUCAGAGUUAUACAUGGAAAGGCAUAAAAUCUUUAAAAUCUUAUCAAGAAUAGGAAGGCCAUGAUUAGUGAUAUUAAUAUGCAAGCAUACUCAGAUUGUGAAGAUUUAUUUUCUUCAAACCAUGGCCCCCUUGUAUAGGUGUGAGUUUUUAAUGAGGAAUAAUGUAUGUAGGUACUAUUUAAAGAAAUUCAUUUGAAGAAUGAGCCAAACUAAAUUUAAUAUAUUCAUAUGCAAACAUUUUCAAAUUGUAUAGGUUUAAUUUUUAUCAUAUUAGGACCAUGGGGUUAGGGUAGGACAAAAAUUGUGGAUCAAAUUUUACCUAAUGCAUGGUACCAGGUAUAUACAGUUGGAGAAAAAACAUUUAAGUACAGCAAGGCCAGAUUAGUCACAUAUACAUUCAAGCAUCCCAGGAUGUGUGAAUUCAAGUUUAGUUAUGUUAUGCUCCUGUGGGCUAGGGUGGGGCCACAAUAUUGGACCAGAAUUUUGCAUGUGAAUAGAGGGGAAAUAAUUUCACAGCAGGGCCAAAUUGACUUUGGUGAGCAUUGUGGCCCAUUGGCCUAUUUUUUAUUGCCCUAGGUCACUUUUCAUCAGACAGAUAUAAAUGAUCCAGAUAUUAAAAGUGAUUACCGUAAAAAAAAAAAAAAACACAUGGCAAUCCACAACCAGGAUAUUCUUGUCAUACAUGUAUGUUUGCUAACAAUCAGUAAUUCUAACAGUUAACAAAGGUAUUGGGCAGUCAGCCUUUCACAGUAUGGAGUCCAAAAGUGUUACAACGUACCAUAAUGUGCUUGCAGGAACUGGACUCACUGCAUUGUUUUAUAUCUUUUAGUGUUUAUUUUUGGUGUUGCUACUACAUGUACAUGUAUUAUGUACUGUCUCUGUUUCUUACACUGUGUAGAUUUCUUAUUUAUCUUGCUUUAAUAUACUCUAGUCAUUCUAUUGACUGAUAUAAAGCUUAUACACCUGUUA